AUGAACAGGAGGCGUCUCGACUAUGCGCAUACCAAGAAACAUAAUUCUUACGAAGACCUCAACCAAGGACGUUCUGUCCCGAGUAUACAACAUGGCGACGAGGAAAUCUCAAAGACUCCCGCAAGAUAUGAUAAUGGAAUAAUUAUCGAAGGUUUCCGAUAUCGAGUCCCCCGCCAGGUUGCUGAAGCCGCGCACAUCGUGGCCGAGGCUUCCCCUCUACCCCUUCCGAGUGACUAUGGGGUUGACAUCGCCCAGAUUUCUAAUCGAUAUAGGGGGAGCCUGCCUGAUACAUCCUCGAGCGGCCAUCAACCAAGCCCAACAGAAAUAAUCGGACCACAGACUACUUUUGAGGCACAGUCUACGGACUUUUGGAUGACCACAAUUGAGCAGAGAGGGUCGAGUCCAUUCGCGCCUGCGGGCUACAAGGUGUGGAGGAACGUCAAAGACUACGGUGCUCGAGGGGAUGGUGUCACCGACGACACUGCGGCGAUCAACAAGGCUGUCUCGGAUGGAGGGCGAUGUGGUCAAGGUUGCGGAUCGAGCACAAUCUAUCCUGCGUUUGUAUACUUUCCACCGGGGACUUAUCUUGUCAGCUCGCCCAUAAUCCAAUACUACAAUACCGAAUUCUAUGGUAAUCCCUUCGACUACCCAACCAUCCUGGCGGCCUCGAGUUUCGUCGGCCUCGGGGUCAUUACGUCGGAUGUUUACAUUAGUGACAAAGAAGAGUGGUAUGUGAAUACGAACAACUUCCUGCGAUCCAUUCGCAACUUCAAAAUGGACGUCACACGGACAGACCCAAAUGCGUACGUCUGCGCGAUCCACUGGCAGGUAGCGCAAGCGACGUCGCUCGAAAACAUCAUAUUCUACAUGAUGCAAGAUGGCAAGACAACGCAGCAGGGCAUCUAUAUGGAAAACGGCAGUGGUGGAUUCCUCACCAAUCUCACCUUCGUCGGCGGAAACUUUGGAGCAUAUCUUGGGAACCAGCAGUUUACUACUUCGCGACUUACCUUUUUGAAUUGCAAGACCGCCGUGCAGAUCCACUGGGAUUGGGCGUGGACCAUGCAGGACCUGGUCAUCAACAAUUGCACGGACGGGAUCGUCAUUGUAGGAGGUUCUGGGGGUUCCGGAAGCACUGGGCAAGGAGUUGGAUCCUUGAUCGUGCUCGAUAGCGUCAUCGCUUCCACCAAAACUGGUAUCGUUACGUCGUUGUUGGCCCAGAAUGUCACCUCGUUCCUGAUUCAGAACUCGGCAUUUGUCUCCGUGGGAACUGCGGUGUUGGACCGGUCCAAAGGCCAGACCCUGAUGGGGGGUGGCUCCCUGGUCAGGGUCGAGUCGUGGGGGUUUGGCCGCGUGUCCAAGACCAGCACCAGCAGCACCUUUUACAACGGGGCCACGGUUCCGGCGAUGAACCGCAGCAGUUCUCUGACCACAAUUAAUGGGCAAGUGGUUCGUAAUUACUUCCAGCGGCGGCGACCGGCCUAUACGGAUAUCCCGGUCAGCCAAAUCAUUGAUGUUAAGGCUCAUGGAGCCGCCGGCGACGGGAGAACGGACGACACGGCGACCCUAAACAGUAUUCUGCAACGAGCAGCCAGCACGUCAUCGGUCGUCUUCUUUCCGUUCGGUGUCUACUUGGUCAGAGAUACCCUCCACAUUCCCGUUGGCUCCCGAAUUAUCGGUCAAGCAUGGUCCCAGAUCAUGGCCACGGGCUCCAGAUUUCAGGAUGAGAUUCACCCUCACGUGGCAGUGCGAGUGGGCAACCCAGGAGACGCUGGGAUUGUUGAAAUCCAGAGCUUGUUGUUUACCGUGUCCGGCCCUACUGCGGGUGCAGUCCUGAUGGAGUGGAAUAUCCACCAGUCAACACAGGGCUCGGCUGGACUCUGGGAUUCCCACUUUCGCGUCGGUGGUGCCAUUGGCUCAGGCUUGCAGCUCAAGGAUUGUCCAAAGGGGACAGGUCGGGUCAAUGCACAAUGCCGGGCUGCAACCCUUUUGCUGCAUCUCACCGCGCAAUCCUCCGCCUAUCUCGAGAACGUAUGGCCAUGGACAGCGGAUCACGAUCUGGACGCCAAUGUGAAACAAGACCAGAUUGAUGUCUACGCCGCCCGAGGCGUUUUGAUCGAGAGCCGGGGCCCUACCUGGAUGUACGGAACGACUGCCGAGCACAAUGUUUUCUAUCAGUAUCAGAUGUCCGGGGCCAAGGACCUUUACAUGGCGAUGAUCCAGACUGAGUCUCCGUAUUAUCAGCCGGCUCCUAAAGCCCCUGUUCCGUUUAGAACCGGAUUGUUUGCCAAUGACCCAACCUUUUCAGACUGUCCAUCCAGCUCAAGUACUUGUGCGAUGUCGUGGGCAGUUCGAAUUGUUGACUCCACAUCGAUAUAUAUCAUGGGGGCGGGUCUGUACAGCUGGUUUUCAAACUACGUGCAAGACUGUCUCAAAACAGAAAACUGCCAACAACGAGCGGUUGAGGUUGUACGGAGCACUGACACCUGGAUCUAUAAUCUAGUCACCAAGGGAACGGUGGAGAUGAUAUCUCCUGUGAGGGAAACUCCAACAUAUGCGGCGAAUAACGUCAACGGCUUCAUGUCGUCUAUUCUAGCUUGGAUCCGUGUUGGGAACAGCACAAGCAGAGGUUUGGGAGAUUGA